AUGGCAGGGAACGCCACACGAGAGGUGGACAGAAAAGCCCGGGAUGCUGCCAGGUUGCUGAGCAUGCGAAGGAGACAGCGAGACAGGAGACUAGAGACUAGGGCGCGAGGCCGAGAGACAGGGCCUAUCGAGACCAUGAUCUGCAGAAGGGAUCAGCUGCGGUGGGUGCGACUAGGGCAGACGGUGUGUUGGAAGGCGGACGACAGCGCUCGAGACCAGCGACCAGCUCACUGCGAGGCUGCAGCGCGAGGGUUUGACUUGAGCAACAAUGACUUCGAGGCUUUGUAA